AUGGCCGAUGAGACGACAAAGACAUUCCGCAUCGCCAUUGUCGGCGGCGGUCUAGGCGGCCUCUUCUGUGCGCUGGCUAUUCGCCACCAUUGCGAUGCAGCUUCCGUUUCAUUACAGAUUGACGUUUAUGAGCAGGCUUCGCAGUACAAGGAGAUCGGUGCAGGCAUUGGAGUUGGCGUCAAUGCCGCUAGGCUGUUUCACAAGCUUGACCUGGGAGAAAGACUGAAUGCUAUCUCAGGCAAGCGUGGGACAACAUGGCUGACCUUUCGAAGAUUCGACAAUAGCGAGCAGAUCUUUUCGGUAAAGGUCGAUGGUGAGCUAAAGACAGUGCGGCAGGCGUCUUGCUCUCGUACAGACCUUCUGGAGCUUCUGCGGGUGGCGAUUGAGGAGCGAAACACUGCAAAUCUGCAUACGAAUAUGAGGACAACGCAUGUUGAGGACCUGGACGACUCCGUGCGACUGCACUUCACCGACGGUACUGUGCGCGAAGCUGACCUCGUCAUUGCCUGCGAUGGGAUACACUCUGCCGUCCGGCGCCAAUUCGUCCAAGAUGAUCCUCUCUUCUCUGGCUGGAUUGCAUACCGCGGCAUUGUGCCCUUACCAUCGCUAGAUCCAUGGCCCUUCCCGGAAUGGCCCAACCUCUGGGUAGCCAAGCACAAGCACUUCCUGAUCUUUCCCAUAAGUUCUAACAAGGAGCUCAACAUCGUGGCCUUUGUGGCAAAGUCCGAGGAUCAAAUUGGGGACCUGAAGGAGAGUUGGACGAGCACCUGCGACAAGCAGGAGCUUGAGGACGACUUUGCUGAGUUUGAUGGAGAAGUGCAGAAGAUCAUCAAGCUGAUGCCACAGGAGUCCUCGAAAUGGCGAAUCAACGAUCGGCCAGCGCUGGGGCAGUGGCACUACAUGGACGGUAAAGUCAUCCUGCUUGGCGAUGCAGCUCACGCAACUACGCCUCACCUUGGGGCUGGAGCUGGCCAGUCCUUUGAAGAUGGAUGGGUGCUCGGCAGAGCCUUGAGCGAGUACCUCUCAUCGUCACCACGACCACACUUCCAGUCGCUAGCAACAACGGCAAACUUGUAUCAGAAGGUCCGACUACCUCGAGCUCAGAUGGUGCAAAAGGCUUCACGUAUCGCAGGGAGUUCGUAUGAGCUGCAAACAGACCGGCUGAAAGAUCUCAGCUUCGAGGAAUGCUUGCCCAUGCUAGCUGAGUCGACAGAGAAGAGGAUGAGGACGGUGUGGGAGGAAGAUCUCGAUACUGUGUACGAGACGGCUCGCGAUAGCAGCAUAUGA